GGCUGGGCUCUCCUCUCCCGCGCGGCGCGGAGCCGCCUCGCUCCUCCGCAGGCGGAGCCUCCUUCCCCCGCCCCCUCCGUCUCGCUCCCUUGUUCUCGCCGGGGCCGCUCAGACCUGCAGCGGAGCCGCGGCGCCCGCUCCGAUCGGCUCGGGGCUGCGCCCCCGGGACCCGGCGACUGGGGCGGGCGGGAGCGCUCCCCGCCAAGCUGGGCCCCUAGGCACUGCCAGGUGUGGAUCCAUGGGGUAACCCCAACGCCUCUGCCCCUCUGCCCCAGCCAGCUCAUGCCUCAGCACCCAGGAGCAGUGAACAGAGCCUUGGCUGGAGCCCAAACAUGUGGGGCCUGGUGAGGCUUCUGCUGGCCUGGCUGGGUGGCUGGGGCUGCAUAGGGCGCCUGGCAGCCCCAGCUCGGGCUUGGGCAGGGUCCCGGGGGGGCCCAGAACCAUCACUGCUUCGGACCCGAAGGAGCUGGGUGUGGAACCAAUUCUUUGUCAUUGAGGAGUAUGCUGGACCAGAGCCUGUCCUUAUUGGCAAGCUGCACUCAGAUGUGGACAGGGGUGAGGGCCGCACCAAGUACCUGCUGACCGGAGAGGGCGCAGGCACCGUAUUUGUGAUUGAUGAGGCCACAGGCAAUAUCCAUGUCACCAAGAGCCUGGACCGGGAGGAGAAGGCACAGUACGUGCUACUGGCCCAAGCCGUGGACCGAGCCUCCAACCGACCCCUGGAGCCCCCAUCGGAGUUCAUUAUCAAGGUGCAAGAUAUCAACGACAACCCACCCAUCUUUCCCCUCGGGCCCUACCAUGCCACAGUGCCCGAGAUGUCCAAUGUGGGGACAUCAGUGAUCCAGGUGACUGCUCACGACGCUGAUGACCCCAGCUAUGGGAACAGCGCCAAGUUGGUGUACACCGUGUUGGAUGGACUGCCUUUCUUCUCUGUGGACCCCCAGACUGGAGUGGUGCGGACUGCCAUCCCCAACAUGGACCGGGAGACGCAGGAGGAGUUCUUAGUGGUGAUUCAAGCCAAGGACAUGGGCGGCCACAUGGGGGGGCUGUCGGGCAGCACCACAGUGACGGUCACCCUCAGCGAUGUCAACGACAACCCCCCCAAGUUCCCUCAGAGCCUGUACCAGUUCUCUGUGGUGGAGACUGCUGGGCCGGGCACCCUGGUGGGCCGGUUGCGGGCCCAGGACCCAGACCUGGGGGACAACGCCCUCAUGGCAUACAGCAUCCUUGACGGGGAGGGGUCGGAGGCCUUCAGCAUCAGCACAGACUCCCAGGGUCGAGAUGGGCUCCUCACCGUCCGCAAGCCCCUAGACUUUGAGACCCGUCGCGCCUACUCUUUUCGCGUGGAGGCCACCAAUACGCUCAUCGACCCAGCCUAUCUGCGGCGAGGGCCCUUCAAGGAUGUGGCCUCAGUGCGCGUGGCUGUGCAGGACGCUCCAGAGCCACCUGCCUUCACCCAGGCUGCCUACCACCUGGCAGUGCCUGAGAACAAGGCUCCUGGGACCCUGGUGGGCCAGGUGUCAGCCACGGACCUGGACUCCCCAGCCAGCCCCAUCAGAUACUCCAUCCUCCCGCACUCGGACCUGGAGCGCUGCUUCUCCAUUGAGUCUGAAGACGGCACCAUCCGCACAGCAGUGCCCCUGGACCGAGAGGCUCGUGUCUGGCACAACCUCACAGUGCUGGCCACAGAGCUUGACAGCUCUGCACAGGCUUCCCGGGUGCAAGUGGCCAUCCAGACCCUGGACGAGAAUGACAAUGCUCCCCAGCUGGCUGAGCCCUAUGACACCUUUGUGUGCGAUUCUGCAGCCCCCAGCCAGCUGAUUCAGGUCAUCCGAGCCCUGGACAGAGAUGAAGUCGGCAACAACAGCCGUGUCUCCUUUCAUGGCCCUCUGGGCCCCGAUGCCAACUUCACUGUCAGGGACAACCAAGAUGGCUCCGCCAGCCUGCUGCUGCCCUCUCGCCCCGCUCCACCCCGCCAGGCCCCCUACUUGGUUCCCAUAGAACUGUGGGACUGGGGGCAGCCAGUACUGAGCAGUACAGCCACAGUAACUGUCAGUGUGUGCCGCUGCUGGCCUGAUGGCUCCGUGGCGUCCUGCAGGCCCGAGGCUCAGCUCUCACCUGCUGGGCUCAGCACCGGGGCUCUGCUUGCCAUCGUCACCUGUGUGGGCACGCUGCUGGCCCUGGUGGUGCUCUUCGUGGCUCUGCGGCGCCAGAAGCAAGAAGCCCUGAUGGUGCUCGAGGAGGAGGAUGUGCGCGAGAACAUCAUCACCUACGACGACGAGGGCGGCGGUGAGGAGGACACGGAGGCCUUCGACAUCAGCGCCCUGCAGAACCCUGACGGGGCGGCCCCGCCGGCGCCUGGCCCACCCGCGCGCCGCGAUGUGCUGCCCUGGGCGCGGGCACCACGCCAGCCGCGGCCCCCCGGCCCCGCCGACGUGGCGCAGCUGCUGGCGCUGCGGCUGCGCGAGGCAGACGAGGACCCUAGUGUGCCGCCCUACGACUCCGUGCAGGUGUACGGCUACGAGGGCCGCGGCUCUUCCUGCGGUUCCCUCAGCUCCCUGGGCUCCGGCAGUGAGAUCGGCGGAGCCCCGGGCCCGGCUGAGCCGCUGGACGACUGGGGGCCGCUCUUUCGUACCCUGGCCGAGCUCUACGGGGCCAAGGAGCCCCCAGCCCCCUGAGACCGGCCUGGCCCUGCCCCCGCUUCCCCUACCGAAGCGGGGCGGCAGCGUAGGCCCUCUGAGUGAGCCCCCCGGGUCCAGGCAGGCGGCAGCAGCCCAGGGGCCCCCAGGCCUCCCCAGUCCCCGUGUCCCUCCUUCCCACCUCCCCAAGGCAACCGCCUCCUUACGUCCCUCCUCCCCAGUCGUCUGUUCCUUUCUGUUCAGGGCUCUGUCUGUCUCUGACACGUUCCCUGUCUGGGUCUGGGUUGUGCGGCUCCGACUCUGAACCUCCCGCUUCUCUCACUGUGAUUCCACUCUCUCGUGGCUCUGUUUUGGUCUGCUCCAUUCUGAAUCUGUCACACAGAUGUGUUGCCCUUGCACACACACAUGCUCUCUGUCUGUCUCCUGCCCACAUCUGCCCACAUUCUCUGUGGGUCCCUGUGAUUGGCUUUUUGUUUUUUUCUGUUGUCCAUCCCAAAAGCAAGAGAAACGUCCAGCCACUGCUGCCCACCCUCCUGCAGGGGAUGUUCUGCCCCAGACCUGCCCGCAUGGUUCCAUCCAUCACUCAUGGCCUCAUCCUGGCUCCACUGGCCUCCAGCAGAGAGAGGGAGCCAGCCCACCUCCCAGGGCGAGAGCUCCAGCCCCCCACUGUGGCUGCCUCCCUGGAGCUCUGCCCAGCUGUCAACCGGCCUUGGGCAUCCUGGCUCUGGGCAUCGUCUUGUAUGCUUCCCAGCCCCUGGGGGAGGGGAAGGAAAGAGGGAGGCUGCUGGGGAAGGGGAAAGAGGGCGGAAGGGGAGGGGCCUCCAUCUCUAAUUUCAUAAUAAACAAACACUUUAUUUUGUAAA